CGGUGAAAAGGGAAUCGACGUAACUUGUCUGAAAGUAUACAUAAACAGGGAAGGCGUUGUGGAAAUUAUAUUUGUCAAAAAGUUUUAACAAUUGCAGUUUUGCUUACCAAAACCGUCCUCAAAACAUUGCUCCUACUCCUAUGGAAUAUUCAAAUUCACAUCUGAAUUCAAAAUUCGAGAAAAAGUAUGGCAAUGAAGUACUUGUUGGAAACUGGUUUGAAGACCGUAUCGCUUGCGAAGUAGAACAUAAUCGUGGAUGUCCUACCUAUCAAACUGAGUAUAUCAAUCAAUUCAGGACCAUUUCAGAUUGCGACUCAGAAGCUAAAAUGGCUGCUGCAAGGAAUCAAAGUCGCAAUAAGCAAGUGCACGUAAAAUUAGUAAAUAAAUCUGAAUUUUAUCGAAACAUGACCAGAAGUAGUGACUUACAUUAUGGGAUUAUACCGAAACAGACAUGUGGACCUAUUCAGCGAACAUACAGUCAACGGACCGAUUCUUUUGAGCCACAGCCUGAUUAUACAAAAAGCUAUGGUAAUAAGAGUAACUUUGGACUGUUGAAUUAUAAAAGAAAAUUAUUAAUGGACGAACAAAGAGAAGGUCGAAUGCUUUCUGUGUGUCGUGCUGACUAUAUAUGUCCACCAAAAAGUGCAUAUGAGAAACGUAAAUUGUGAUUAGAGUGAUUAGAUCCUUAAUUCCAAAUAUAUUAUAGAUUAUACAUAAA